AUGUCUGAGGCCCCGGCAGUAGGUAUAGAUCUCGGGACGACAUAUUCAUGUGUAGGUGUGUGGAAGAACGACGGUGUAGAGAUUAUAGCGAAUGAUCAGGGUAAUAGAACGACACCGUCUUAUGUUGCAUUUACAGAUACAGAGAGGUUAGUAGGAGAUGCAGCAAAGAAUCAGGUCGCAAGAAACCCUGAAAAUACUGUCUUUGAUGCUAAAAGAUUAAUCGGAAGAAAGUUCGAUGAUCCGGCUGUACAGGCAGAUAUGAAACACUGGCCGUUUACAGUUAAAGCAGGUCCAGGAGGCAAGCCUCUAAUAGAAGUUAAUUAUCAAGGCAGCAAGAAGACCUUUCAUCCUGAAGAGAUAUCAGCAAUGGUCUUGAUGAAGAUGAAAGAAAUAGCUGAAGCAUUCAUAGGGAAAGAAGUUAAAGAAGCUGUUAUUACUGUACCUGCAUAUUUUAACGACUCACAAAGACAAGCAACAAAAGAUGCAGGGACUAUCGCAGGAUUAAAUGUCUUAAGAAUUAUUAAUGAGCCUACUGCAGCAGCUAUUGCAUACGGUUUAGAUAAGAAAGGACACGGGGAGAUGAAUGUGCUUAUCUUUGAUAUGGGAGGGGGUACCUUUGAUGUAUCUUUAUUAACAAUUGAAGACGGUAUUUUUGAGGUUAAAGCUACAGCUGGAGAUACACAUUUAGGAGGUGAAGACUUUGAUAAUAGACUUGUAGAUUUUUGCGUUCAAGAUUUCAAGAGAAAGAAUAGAAGCAAAGAUCCGAGCACAAACAGUCGUGCAUUAAGGCGUCUUCGUACACAAUGUGAAAGAGCAAAAAGAACAUUAUCAAGCAGCACACAAGCAACAAUUGAGAUAGACUCUUUAUUUGAGGGUAUUGAUUAUUCUGUCUCCCUCUCUAGAGCUCGCUUUGAAGAACUAUGCAUGGAUUACUUCAGGAACUCUCUUGUACCUGUUGAAAAGGUUCUGAAAGACAGCGGCAUUGAUAAACGCAGUGUACAUGAAGUAGUACUUGUCGGUGGAUCUACUCGUAUUCCGAAGAUACAGCAACUUAUUCAAGAGUUUUUCAACGGUAAGGAGCCUUGCCGAUCGAUUAACCCUGAUGAAGCUGUUGCAUAUGGUGCUGCAGUUCAAGCAGCAAUAUUGAAGGGGGUUAACAGCAGUCAAGUACAAGAUCUAUUACUAUUAGAUGUUGCACCUCUAUCAUUAGGUUUAGAAACAGCAGGGGGUGUAAUGACGAAAUUGAUUGAAAGAAAUACAACAAUACCUACAAAGAAGUCUCAGAUCUUCACAACAUAUGCAGAUAAUCAGCCGGGUGUACUUAUUCAAGUCUUUGAAGGAGAGAGAGCUAUGACUAAGGAUAAUAAUCUCUUAGGUAAGUUUCAUUUAGACGGUAUUCCGCCGGCACCGAGAGGCGUACCGCAGAUAGAGGUGACGUUCGAUAUUGACGCAAACGGUAUUAUGAAUGUAACUGCAACAGAAAAGAACACCGGUAAAUCAAAUCAAAUCACUAUUACAAACGAUAAAGGACGACUAAGCCAAGGUGAAAUCGAUAGGAUGGUAGCUGAAGCUGAGAAAUAUAAGGCUGAAGAUGAAGCAAAUAAACAAAGAGUAGAAGCUAAGAAUGCACUUGAAAACUAUUGCUAUUCAAUGAGAGGUACUAUGGAGGAUGAAAAGAUAAAGGAUAAGAUAUCUGCUGAAGACAGAGAGGCUGCAACAUCUGCUAUUCAGAAGGCAUUAGACUGGCUUGAUAAGAAUCAGCUAGCUGAGAAAGAAGAGUUCGAAGCUAAACAAAAAGAAGUUGAAGCUGUAUGCACGCCUAUUGUUACAAAGAUGUAUCAAUCAGCUGCAGGAGCUCAAGGCGGUAUGCCGGGCGGUAUGCCGGAUAUGUCUGCAGCAGCAGGAGCAGCAGGAGGCCCUACUGUUGAAGAAGUUGAUUAA